GGGAAAGGGGGCGGGACUUCCGCGCAGCCAAUCAGCCAGGGAGGAGCGAAAAGGCGGGAAAAAGAGGAACCAGAAGAAGGCUGAGGCGGUACCCUCGAGCUGGAGGGGAGGGAAAGUGCAAGGCAGAGACGGCCUUCAGGUGACGCCCACCGGCCCUGAGAGCAGAGCAGCUGAACCCAGGUGGGCCCACAGCACGCAGACCCCGCACCGGUGUCUCCACGCCCUAGGGCCCCAGCAGGACAGCGGCCGCCAUGCGCCUCCCCGAGAGCCUGCAGGACCUGGCCAGCAGCGAGGCCGUGCGCUUCCUGAGGAGGCCAAAAAGCAUCACACGGAUCCUCGCAGGGGUCUUCGCCCUGGUUGUCUUCUCCUCCCUGCUGACCGAUGGCUACCAGAACACGACAGACUCCCCGAAGCUGCACUGUGUCCUCAACAGCAACCGCGCAGCCUGCAGCUUUGCCGUGGGCGCCGGUUUCCUCGCCUUCCUCAGCUGCCUGGUCUUCCUCGCCCUGGAUGCCCGUGAGACCCACAUGGUCAACACCCACCUCAAGAUGGUCUUCUGGCUCCUGGACAUCAUCCUGGCGGUCCUCUGGGCCAUCAUCUGGUUCGUGGGCUUCUGCUUUCUGGCCAACCAGUGGCACCAUUCAUCCCCCAGAGAGUUCCUCUUGGGCAGCGCCAGCGCCAAGGCAGCCAUCACCUUCGCUUUCUUCUCCAUCUUUGUCUGGAUAUCCCAGGCCUACCUGGUAUUCCAGGACCUCCGGAGCGACGUCCCGGUCCCGUACAAACGCUCCCUGGAUGAGAGGGGCGUGGUGCUGACCACCCUCUCCCCACUGUCCACCUCCAGCUCCGUGAACCUGCCCAUCUCCAGCCCCAUCAGCCAGAGUUACUCCAGCUCUGCCCUGUCUCCCUACACGACCACCCCGAAGGCCGCCUGCCUGGCCAUGAUGCCAGACAGCUAAACGCCCUUGUCCCACAGCAGUAAAUAGAGAUUGUUUCUCCAGAGGGUUUCUGAAACAGCACUGUGCUCCUCCUGUC